AUGGCCAGCACAGAUUCAACACCAGAUUUUCGAUUAGCAAGAGCACAUGGAACUGUCAUGGUAUUUUCUUGGAUGGUUUUUGCUUCAACUGGAGUUUUAUAUGCACGUUAUGGUCGUACAGUACGUGUUAAUAAAAAGAAACAAAUAUUCGGUGAAGAUAUUUGGUUUCAAAUACAUCGAUUUUGUCUAAUAACAACUGUCAUUGGGACAUUACUCGGCUUUUUUCUCGUUUUGGGACAAGCGAAAGGUCGAUGGGUGGAUCAAGCUGAAGAUGGUGAUCGAAUGUUUGCACAUUCAAUAUUGGGAGCGAUUGUUGUAGGUUGUGCACUUAUUCAAGCAUGGAUGGCUUUAUUUCGUUGUCAUCCAGGAGAUCGUUUUCGUUUUGUUUUCAAUUGGAUUCAUCGAACAACUGGUAUGUUAGCUCUUAUACUGUCGGUACCAACGAUUUUUCUUGUGGUAUUUGUACUGUUAAAGUAUCAUGAUGGUUUUGUUACUAUAAUGUCACUUUGGUCGGCUUGGAUUGUAAUAAUUUUUAUCAUUUUUGAAGUGGUGGAAUAUCUGAUUCGAAUGAAAUCAUCUACAGUAACGGCUAAUAAUGCUAAGGCUGAAAUAGAACAUGAAAUGAACAAUGGACAUUCAGCAUCAAUUAUCGAUGGAAAACAAGUUGAAGCAAGUGACAAUAGUCCUUUUGGCACAUUGAAACUGAUUUUAUUUAUUCUUAAUUUUUGUUUUGCUAUCAGUCUUGUAAUACCAUUAGUUGCUUUGAUCUGGUUACAAGGCUGA